CCUUUUACGGCGCCGUAAAGCAACUCGGCCAAACCGCCGGCCGCAGUAAGCUGGUGAGAUUCCGCCCGCCCGCGACCCCUCUCCGCGCCGGGCCUUGUCUGCUGCGGGACCCCCCCAGCCUCCCGCGCGCCUGGGGAAUCCCUCGGCGUCCGCGAUCCCGGGUCUGUCCGCUUCGGCCCACGCAAAGGGUCCGUGAGGACGAGGAGAGGCGGGGAAAUUUUUUUCAACUGCAGGAAGUCAGCGCUGUCGCUUCUGGAGGCUUGCGGGGGACAGUGCCCGAGAGACCUCUGACGGCCCCCCAUCCCUGCCCCCUCCCCCAUGCACUAGUUCUCUAGUUGCUCCCACAGGUGGCAGAGGGGGCACGAAGGAGCUUUUCAGUGGGAGCGAUCAGCUGGAACUCGAAGCAGCUCGGCGGCAGCAUGGAGGCGCGCUUUACGCGCGGGAAGUCGGCGCUGCUGGAGCGCGCACUGGUGCGGCCCCGCACCGAGGUGAGCCUGAGCGCCUUCGCGCUGCUCUUCUCCGAGCUGGUGCAGCACUGCCAGAGCCGGGUCUUCUCAGUGGCCGAGCUGCAGGCGCGCCUGGCUGCCCUGGGCCGCCAGGUGGGCGCACGCGUUCUGGAUGCGCUGGUGGCUCGCGAAAAGGGUGCCCGGCGCGAAACCAAGGUGCUGGGUGCCCUGCUCUUCGUCAAGGGCGCGGUGUGGAAGGCGCUGUUCGGCAAGGAGGCCGACAAGCUGGAGCAGGCCAACGAUGACGCCCGCACCUUCUACAUCAUAGAGCGGGAACCGCUCAUCAACACCUACAUCUCUGUGCCCAAGGAGAACAGCACACUGAACUGUGCCAGCUUCACCGCGGGCAUCGUGGAGGCUGUGCUCACACACAGCGGCUUCCCUGCCAAGGUCACGGCGCACUGGCACAAGGGCACCACGCUCAUGAUCAAGUUUGAGGAGGCGGUCAUAGCCCGAGACCGGGCCCUGGAGGGCCGCUGACCCCCACGGGAGAUAAAGAAUGCAGAGAGUCGCCCCCUU